AUGGACGAAGCGACUGUAGGUGAAGCUGUUCCAUUAGUCUUUAAACCGAAUCGUAUUUUACCUAAAUCUGAUACACGAACUACAUUUCAAAAAAAUCUAGCCGUUAGUUUGAUUCUAUUAAGUGCUGGUCUUGAACGAUUAGCAUUCUAUUCAUUAGCUGGUAAUCUUACUUUUUUUCUUGAUUCAACAAUAAUUAAAUGUAGAUUUCCACAUACUAUCAUUGCUCCACUUUUUUUUCUUGGUACAAGUUAUAUUUCGGCAUUAGUAUUUUCUUGGAUAAGUGAUGGCAGGUUGGGACGGGCAAAAACAAUUAUUAUCGGUUUUACUAUAUAUAGUAUCGGUUAUAUAUUUAUGAUGUUAUUUGCAAAUGAACAUACACAUCGAAAUUGGUGUCCCAAACCUGAUAAUAAUACAAACAUAGAAGCACCUGAUUUUUUUCAUGAACUUUGUGUUCAAUAUAUUCUACCAACACUUAUUUUUACUGCUAUUGGUGUUGGAGCAGUACAAGCUAAUAUGGCUGUAUUUGGUGCUGAACAAGUACGAGAAGAAAAAAGUAAAACACGAUAUUUUGAUAUCUAUUACGCAGCGGUCAAUACAGGUGGACUUAUAGCUUUUGGUGCUAUUGCUUAUAUACAAAUUAAUAAAGGAUAUUUUGUUGGCUAUUUAAUUCCUGGUAUAUUACUUAUAUUGGCUUUUAUAUUAUUUAUUAUUGGAUAUAAAUAUUAUAUUCAUAUAAAACCAUAUGAUUCAGUGAUUACAAAAUUUAUUCCUGUUGUUAUAAAUGCAUUUCAAUCAUGGAUAAAUUAUCGAAGAAAUCGGCAUGGAAUAAGUAAUAAUAGUGAAAUACAUCCAGAAGAAACCAUAGUAGAAACUGAAGGUGAUAGUAAUGAUUAUUUAUCAUUUACUAUAAAUAGAUCAACAUGGUCAUUCUUUGAUUAUGCUAAAGUGGAGAAUAAUGGUCGAUUUCCUAGUCGUAUUGUAAAUGAUAUUAAGUCACUACGACCUAUUAUUGUUGUAUUUCUAUUAUUAACACCUUAUUGGCUUCUUUAUGUUCAAGUUGAAACAACAUUUAUUGUUCAAGGUGCACAUAUGAAAUUACCAACUUUUUUUAAAGAGAUGCCUGUUGUUUGGCUUUCUCUUGGAAAUCAACUAAUAAUAAUUAUCACUAUUUUUUUUCUGAAUGCAUUUGUCUACAAACGUCUUCAAGCUAGUGGUCGAACAUUUCCAAUAAAUACUCGCAUAAUUAUCGGUCUAAUCUCAGCUGCACUUUCUAUGUGUAUGGCAGGAACUGUCGAAAUAGUCCGACAAAAUGUGUGUAAAACUCAAAAUUUUACACAAACUAUUGGUGAUAAACAAUAUCUAGCUGCAAAUAUGAGUGUAUUUUUUCAAUUUCCACAAUAUGUUGGUGUAGGUCUUUCAGAAGUAUUUACAUCGGUUGCUAGUCUUGAAUUUGCUUAUUUGGCUGCACCACAAUCAGCUCAAUCAUUAAUAAUGAGUCUUCGUUUUUGUGCAGCUGGUCUUUCAUCACUAUUUGGUUCGGGUAUUGUUGGUCUUAUGUCAAUAGCAAUUGGAAAUCAAACGUCAGAAAAUUAUACUAAUGAUGAACGAUAUUACAUUUAUUUCUUUAUUUUGGCUGGUCUUCAAGUCGUAUUCGUAUUAAUUUUUAUGGGAUGUAAUCAAAAAUUUAAAAUACUUAGAAUACCUAAUUAUCGUCUCAAUACACGUCAUUUUAUAUUACCGAAUUCAGAUUCAUCAAAUGCUUGA